ACCAAGGUAAGAGAUGUAGGAAGAUUUUUGAGGUAGCGCUUGUCAAGCUAAGAAGCUAGGUCGUAGCAAUCAGUUGAGUACAAGUCAGAGUUACAGACUACAAUAUCCAGCGACAGGACUGUUUCUAACAUUUUCAUCUGACUGCAUGUUUGAUAGGACGGAGUAGAAAUGGCCGCGGCUUCGUUUUAUUGCAUAUUUGUGGUCGUUUUGACCUGAUCAGUACUUGUGCUAACGUUAGCUUUUUUUAGCAAUCCUGGUUGUUUACUGCACUAGCCCAGCCACUGUGGCUCUGCACGGGUUCCCACUGUACAUUCAGUUGAUUUAAGGAGUAUCACACGUUUACGAGAUGUUCCUGGUGGGGCUGACGGGAGGGAUUGCCUCAGGGAAAAGUGCAGUGUCUUCAAUGCUGCGGGAGCUGGGGUGCCCCAUCAUUGAUGCUGAUGUUGUGGCCAGGAAAGUUGUGGAGCCGCACACUCCUGCCUAUUCUCGCAUUGUCCACCACUUUGGGCCAGAGAUCCUACUCGAGAACGGGGAGAUCGACAGGCAGAAGCUGGGUCAGCUCAUUUUCGCCAACGAGGAAAAGAGGAAGCUGCUGAACUCCAUCACUCACCCAGAGAUCCAUAAAGCAAUGCUCAAAGAGAUCCUGUUCUACUUUCUCAGAGGAUACCGCUAUGUAGUGCUAGAUGUGCCCCUUCUUUUUGAAACCAGACGCCUCACACGGUUUCUAAACCACACCGUUGUAGUUUACUGUGACCCUGCCACUCAGCUUUUGCGUCUAAUGCAGAGGGACGGCCUGACCCAGGAGCAGGCCGAGCAGCGCGUGGCUGCACAGAUGCCGCUCAAUGAAAAGCGCGGCCUGGCCAAUCAUGUUAUUGAGAACUCUGGCAGCCGAGAGGACACCCACCGACAGGUCCUGCGAUUGCACACGAAGCUGGAGGACUCCAUGGACUUCCUCUUAGUGAGGGUCAUUGCUGUUGUUGCCACUAGUGGUCUGGGUGGGAUACUGCUAUAUGCAGCCAAGUUACUUUUGUCCUAACAGAGGACAGAUGAGGGGGAGAAAGAGUUUGGUCCAGUAUGUGAUCAAAGAUGAAUAGAAGCAGACAAAGGCACGUCGGGAGGGCCCGAUGCAAUUUACUGUGAGAUUAGUUUCACAGCACCCUCAGCUACAGUUCAGUGGUGGGAUGUGCUCCGAUUGCAGUUAACACUGACUUACAUUAUUGACACAAUGUGGACUGACAAAUGCGGUUUAGUGUGAAGGGUUUGAAUGUGCAAUUUCAGUUGGUUUUACUCGAAGACAUUAAAAUCCAGAAGGUGACAACUUAGGCCGUACAAGCUUCCCGACGCUCUCAGUGAUCAGUUUGGUGCCAUAAAAACUGGCCAAUCUUUUUAUUUAAGUGCAGCAGUUAACACAUAACUAACUAACUAAAGUUAAAACUCAUUAUUGUAGAAUCUAAAAGAUUUCAUGUUACCUUUUUGUACCCCACGAAGACAUCCAAAUGAGACAUUGUUGGUGAGAGCAAAAGAAAAGAAGGAGUAAACGGCUGUACAUCCUUGAAAACUAGAUGUGCAGAAGUCAUUGUUUUUUUCCCUUUAAUUUAUUUGCAAUUUCCAUAUUUGUAUAUAAUAUAUUGCACACAUUUUUAGCACAAAAUGCCAGUGCUAUCCCCGGCGAUGACUACAUUUUAAAAGAUAUUUUUCGAUGGAAAACCAUCAUAUAAAAAAUAACGAAAUGCCCAAUAUGAAUGAUUGGUUGCUUACAGAAUAUGUUAUGGUUAUAUGUUAAUGGCCUGUAUAAUGAAGAUAUACUGUAUGAAAAUGUAUUUUACAAUCCAUUUUUAAUGGGAACAGAGAGAAUUUAAAUGAAGUAGUAGAC